UCACCACCUUAUAUGCAAUUCACAAAGCUUGGAAUCGGAAAUCCCAAACAGGCAAACAAAGCAGAAGAAACAGGCAAAAAAUGUGUCGGCACACGCAAAACUGAAUAAGAAUUUCCCAGCAUUUGUGUUCCAGUAGGCCUAUCACGUCAGCAUAUUCACAGUCGGGGGAUUUCGCGUUUUUAGGGUUUUAGCGCACCUUCAGCACACCUUACGGGCUAACGUGCUCUUAGUUUUUGCGAUCAUUGUUUGUUACAGCAUUUCACCAUUUUUUCAGUUUACUUUUCUACUAGAUCCGAUCGCGCUUACAAAUUUAAUAGCGAUCGAAAAAUAAUCGAGUGUCACCGCCCCUUUACUGAUAAUCUGUUAGUAUGGGAUCGUCUUUUUUAAAAUAUCAAAUGAAGAAGCUUGAUAGCUGCCAGUAUUCUUAUACUAUCUUAGUGACUGCUGAGCGGUGAAGUGAGAUAAGCUAAGACGAUUGUUACAAACAUGCAAAAGACUGCUUCUUUCGCGUGGUUUUGUUUAAUGGUUUUUGCUGCCUCGCAUCAGUUUCCUCUUGCCAAUGCCAGCAAUGGAAAACAGUGUUGGAGAGAUUCAGACUGCUCUCCAACUACUUACUGUUUGAACGGAUAUUGCGAUGGAGACUGCGUUGUAUGUGACAUCUUUCAACGAGAGGAAUCUGCUAGCGGUUGUGCCAAACAACUGAUCAACUGUGGCUCAUGUCGUCCAGGAACCCAAGAAGAAGAUCUGGUAGGAGGGGGCAAAUCUGAUCGUUGCAAACCAAUUGGAACUGGCCAUUCAGAUUCACCUCCUGCAAUCGAGGCUUAUGCCAACUUAUCACACUGGAGAGACUGGGCGAUAAUGGUUCUGUCUUUUGCUGGGAUUGUGACCAUAAUAGUUGUUUACAUUUUUUUUCGGCACCGAGUACAACUACCAACAUUUUUUCGCCGUGGAAAGCCAACGCCGACAGCAACAGCCCCUACUUUGUGGGAUCUAAACGAAGUAGAGGGGUUUGUUGAGAACCAUAUCAGCAGCAGCCUUCCCUUAGUCAACCUUAACUUGACUCCGACAACCGGAUACUCGGAAUCGGAAAAUCACGUCCAGGCCCAGCCCUUUAACGCCAUCUCUGAUAAUAUGUCAGAGGAUUUGGACGAUUUUACUGACGCGUCAUUUUCAAAUAGGCAAUUGGAUCCAAGAGAAUCAUUGAACCACAAUGAUAUUUCAGGGACAAAUCAAGAUGUUUAUAUCGAUCUUUCUAUAUACCGGAACGCUGAAUUCAGCAGUAUCAGUAAUCAAGAUGCGUCAGGAAACGAAACCCAUCGGCUAUCCCUUCCCUUCAUUUCAGUUCAUUCUGAGUCUUCUAAUGAUUAUGCUUCCGAUAGCAAUAUCGAAGUUUUUGAAGACGAAGAUGAGGGAAGCGUUGUUGUCUCUGGCUUACUUUGUGUUAGAAAGACACCGCAGCAACCACGAAAUUAGUGAUAGUAUAGGUAUAAUUCGUCGAAUGGUUAUAAUAUCCCAAUCGAUGAAUGGGUUGAAUUUACAAUGCAAUCCAGAAAUAUUAUUAUCCUAAAAAUGUACACUUAUAAUUAAUAUUUACUCCUGGAAUAACCACUUCAUAACAUAACAAGCUCAA